AUGAAUGUAACUUCACCCAAGAUAUCUGAAAAUGUUCGAUUACGUAACAAUGGAAAUACUCAAUUAAAGAACAUAACUUGUGAUAUGAAUAAUAACGACAAUGAAUCAAAUGAAGAUUCGGAGACCAAAGCACCACCAAAUUCUUAUCGGAUAUAUAACAUCUUUAGUAUAAUUUUGGCGUUAUUCCGUAGUUUAAUCAAAACUACUAGUAAGACCACUAAUUCAGUGUUUCAAAUGUCGAUGUUUUAUAUUAAUCAUUUUAUCCUACUAAGUUUAUUCUUUAUGAUUGCCAUAUAUAAGAAUUUCCAAUAUCUUUAUCGUCGUGUAUAUUUAAAAUAUUUGGCAGUAACUUAUUAUCCAAGCAAGUCACCACAAGUGAUUAGGGAGGACAUUAAUAAAUUGGAAAAGAUCCCGAAAAUUGUUAGUUGUAUAUUAGAUUUACAGGAUGACGAAGAUGAAAAUGGUGGUAAAGAUGGAUUAAUCAAUUCAAUUAGUGAGUUGACAGCAUGGUCAAUGAGUGCUGGGUUAACCAAAUUGAUUAUUUACGAAUUCACUGGAGCUUUAAUAGAAAACAGUGGUUGUAUUGUUGAUUUACGUAAGUACAUUACGAAAACAUUGGUGUUAUAUUUUGGAACAGAGGCAAUUCCAACAUUUUCCAUUAGAAUCCCUCAUAAGAAUUUGAUCAUCUAUAGUGACAAUCAUAUUGAUGGCAAUGCAGUUGACUUAGAGAUUGAUUUGAUUAGUCGUAUUGAUGGGAAGCCAACAUUGGUAGAAUUGACUAAAACCAUGAGUGAGUUAGCUGUCAAUCGAGAAUUACUGAUAAGAGAUAUUACUAUUGACUUAAUUGAUGAAGAAUUACAUGAAUUAGUGGGACCAGAACCCGAUCUAUUGAUUAGCUUUGCCCCAUCAUUGAAUUUGGAAGAUUAUCCACCAUGGCAUAUUAGAUUGAGUGAAAUAUAUUGGGAGCCAGAUAAUAAGGAUGUUAAUUAUGCAGUAUUUCUUCGGGGUUUGCAACAAUUUUCCAAUUGUAAAAUCAAUAUAGGGAAAUAA